CUGGAGUGGAAGAAAGGGAAAGGGAACCCAUUCGUGAGGGGAAUAAGAUCGAGGUUAAGGCCAAAAUCGAUGCCUUUGAAUGUAGUCAACGAUCGCGAUGGAUCCUCCCGUAUUAUUUUGACCGACCCUGGCGGAUCAUCUGCUGAGGUGCUUCUGUAUGGAGGACAAGUGGUUUCUUGGAAGAAUGAAAGGAGAGAGCAGUUGCUUUAUAUGAGCAGCAAGGCGCAAUUGAAGCCACCUAAGGCGAUCAGGGGAGGGUUACCUGUCUGUUUUCCACAGUUUGGAAAUUUUGGUGCUCUUGAGCGGCAUGGAUUCGCCCGGAACAGAUUCUGGUCAUUUGAUAACAAUCCUUCACCUCUGCCUCCAGCUAACCAGCAAUCUACUGUCGAUUUAAUAUUGAAGUCUACUGAAGAUGAUUUGAAGACUUGGCCUCAUAGCUUUGAACUCCGUGUUCGCAUAUCUAUCAGUCCUGGCAAACUUACUAUUAUCCCGCGUGUGAGGAACACUGACCCAAAGGCAUUCUCCUUUAUGUUUGCACUUCGUAACUACUUAUAUGUAUCCGACAUAAGUAACAACAACACAUGGCAUCAAAUUUUCAGUGAAGUUCGGGUUGAAGGUUUGGAAACACUCGAUUAUCUGGACAACAUGAUGCGUAGAGAAAGAUUCACAGAACAGGCAGAUGCACUUACCUUUGACGGAGAGAUUGAUAGAGUGUACUUGAACACGCCGACAAAGAUUGCAGUCAUAGAUCAUGAGAGAAAGAGAACCAUCGAGUUGCGAAAGGAAGGCAUGCCAAAUGCAGUUGUAUGGAACCCUUGGGACAAGAAGGCAAAGAGUAUAGCUGAUAUGGGGGAUGAGGACUACACAACGAUGCUCUGCGUUGAUUCGGGUGCAAUAGAAACCCCGAUUUUGUUGAAACCUCGUGAAGAGUGGAAAGGCAGGCAAGAACUCUCUAUCGUCUCAUCAAGCUACUGCAGCGGUCAGCUCGAUCCACGUAAGGUUCUCUACGGGGAUGGCUGA